GAGCGGAACACGUGUUAUCUCCGGCAAGGAGUUUAAGGGUCCUGGCGGUACGGAGUGUUGUAAUCCACGGGCUUCCGCCCGCUCCGAGUCUCCUCAGUGAGAUUGCCGGACAUACACAUCUUAGAGAGAAAGGGGCCUCUUUUCUCCCGGUCCCUGUCCGAGGGUGAGCUGCUCAGCCGGAAGUUUUUCUGAAUUUACCAGAACCUGGAAGAAUCCCUAAAGAUGAAGCUGAGUCUCGUCAAAGUCGUUAAUGGCUGCCGUCUAGGAAAAAUACAAAACCUGGGCAAAGCAGGGGACUGCACAGUGGACAUUCCAGGCUGUCUUCUCUAUACCAGGACUGGCUCUGCCCCACACCUGACACAUCACACACUGCAUAAUAUCCAUGGGGUCCCAGCCAUGGUCCAGCUCACACUGUCAACCUUAGCAGAACAUCAUGAGGUCUUGGCAGAAUAUAAAAAAGGAGUCGGAAGCUUUAUAGGCAUGCCAGAAUCUCUCUUCUACUGCUCCCUGCACGAUCCAGUCAGCCCCGGCCCAUCUGGUUAUGUAACAAAUAAGUCUGUGUCUGUGUGGGGUUUUGGAGGUCGAGUGGAAAUGACCGUUUCCAAGUUCAUGGCCAUUCAGGAGGCCCUGCAGCCGGACUGGUUCCAGUGCCUCUCAGAUGGCGAGGCAUCUUUUGCAGAAGCAACUUCCAUAAAAAGGGCCAGGAAGUCUGUGGACCGGUCCCUUCAGUUCCUGGACAGCUGUUUGCAACUACAGGAAGAGUCUGAGGUCCUUCAGAAAAGUGUGAUCAUUGGAGUGAUUGAAGGUGGAGAUGUGAUGGAAGAGAGGUUGAGGUCCGCACGAGAGACAGCCAAGCGGCCUGUGGGGGGCUUCCUUCUGGACGGCUUUCAAGGGAAUCCAACAGUCACAGAAACCAGGCUGCACUUGCUGUCGUCAGUCACUGCAGAGCUGCCAGAGGACAAACCAAGGCUCAUCUGCGGAGUCAGCCGGCCCGACGAAGUGCUCGAUUGUAUUGAAAGAGGAGUGGACCUGUUUGAGAGUUUUUUUCCAUAUCAAGUGACUGAGCGGGGUUGUGCCCUGACUUUCACCUUUGAUUGCCAGCUGAAUCCUGAAGAGACAUUAUUGCAGCAAAAUGGAAUCCAAGAAGAAAUAAAAUGCUUGGAUCAAAUAAAGAAAAUUGAAGCAGCUGGGUGCAACCAAGAAAUGACAUCAUUUGAAAUUAAUCUGAAAGAGAAAAAGUACCAGGAAGACUUCAGCCCGCUCGUGAGCGGGUGCUCCUGUUACUGCUGUAAGAAUCACACUCGCGCAUACAUCCACCAUCUGCUGGUGACCAACGAGCUCCUGGCCGGCGUCCUGCUCAUGAUGCACAACUUUGAACACUACUUCAGAUUUUUCUGCUCCAUCCGGGAAGCACUAAAAAGUGACACUCUGGUACAGUUGAAAGAACUCAUCCGCAGACAGAUGUCUUGAGAAUGGGAGAACAAAGAAUCCAAGACCUGAGCUUUCAGUGUUGAUGGCGGGAAUGAAGAGCACCUGCCUCGGACUGCCCAUGGCGGUGCGGAGGAAGGCCUGCUGGAGACCUCAGUGGACCAGAAUGAUAUGAACCAUGACUUUAAAACUUUCUCAGCUUAUUCCACAAGUAGAUAGAGAUUUGUUUAGUUGAAGACAAGGCAUUAGAUGUGAGAGAGUUUUGAAAGGAUGGUGAGGGUCUAGGAACUGCUGAGAUGGGUGGGGGAGAGGCACAGCUGGGGCCUGGAGAGAAACCUGACUGAUUCGAACAGGGGGUUUUUGUUUCUCCUCAUGCUCUCAGGGACUUUUGGGCAAAUGCAGACACGGUUUUAGGGAGAAUCUCUAGAAUCUUCUUUUUAGGGUUCAGUUUAACUUCAGCAUGUUUUGAUUUAGUAAAGCAGAAUGUCUCCUCCAGGGUCAACUUUUCCUUGUUUAAAAACAUGGCAAGACAUUCUGGUUGUAAAUCAUCAGAGUCAAAUAAUCCAGGCAGACUUUGUCUUGAACAUGAUCUCUGUUUGGAAUUCUUCAUGACUUUGAGGACCAGCACUGGUUCACAAACAUUGAAAGUAGCCUUCAUUCUGCAUGUUGUUUGGGUAUUUCUGAGGAAAUGGAAGGAUAUCAUGAAAGGAAUUUUCCAAAUCUAGUCCUAUCCAUCUCUGGGGAAGCUGUAAUUUGAAUUCUUACUGCAAGCCUUGACCAUGCCCCCUCCAGAAUUCAGCAGAGUACAUAGAGCCUCUCUUCUUCUCAGUUGACUGUUUCACAUUGACUUCCUAGUCUUCUCUCCCAGAGUGAUUUCUCCUACAGAUGGAACCAGCUUUGCUUAGUCCUUCUCCUGGUCAACAUUGACGCUCAUUUUCCAAGUACUUGCUCUGUUUCCCAGAUGAAAUCUUUCUUUAGGCUGGCAGUCUGGGAGCCCCUGCACCAAGGCGUGCUGGGUGGGAAGUGACUGGAGUUGUUUUUUUUUUUUUUUUUAAUGCAUCAGGAAGUUUGGUCUGUGGUUUGCAGAGUUGGUGGUUGGCAGCUGCAGGAUCUGAGUCUGGUUGUCCUUCCUGGGUUCUCUUGAUUCUAUAGUUUUGUUGGUAUCAUGACAGGGUUUUUGUUUAUUUGUUGUUGUUGUGUGUGUGUGCUUUUCUAUGUUUAUCAGUUUUUCUAUAGAAUACUCAAAACAUGUAUAUACAUGUAAUUUUUAUAAAAAUAACAAUUUAAAAUCUUUUUUUGAAGAUACAAGAAAUGCAUUUCUUAUAUUUUAUUGGCUUCAAUUUUAUAAUGGGCAUUACUGAACAUUGUAUGUAAUAAUUAUGUAGUUAAUUGUAUUCUUAUGUGUUAGAAACUCAACUUGGUUUUUCCAUUUAGUGGUAUGAUGACUUCUCAUGAAUGCAAAGGAUACUAUGGAGACAGUUUGUGUUCUCAGUGAUCGCUAUUGAAUGUAUUUUGUACUUGUUUGUGUUUGUAUUCUUGGUCAAUGCCAAACCCAUUAUUGAAGGAUUACUAGUAAAUAUCCAAGAAUCCAUAUAAAUUUAUGAGUUUUAUUUAUGCCCAAAACACUGAAAAUUCUGUUAAACAUUGUCCAGGUCCCUGGAUCUUUUUCUUAUUAGCACAUUUGAAAAAAUUCUUUUAUGUUUUAAAUGUAUUAAGGGCAAUAGCCAAUAAACAUUUUUAAUU